AUGAAGAGAAAGUAAAAGGAAAUGUGUCAGAAAAUGAAGAGAAAUUAAUGGAAAAUGUACAAGGAAAUGAAGGGAAAUGAAAAUUGUGGCAAACUUACCUACACAGGGUGAACCUGAAUAGGAAUUUAUUUUAUUCUGUAAAUAUUAUAAUAUGAAUUUUAUUUUCAAUAUUCUUUUCUAUUAUUGGAUAAUAUGUGCAUUUUGUACUUCCUUGAACAUCCACAUAUCCUAUAAAUGCAUACAAAGAUCCGCAGUCCAUCUAUGAGUCUAAAACCAUGGAGAUGUUAUAAAAUAAUAGUCUAGAACUCCAUAUCAAGACCCUGAAGUUCGCGUCAGGUAAACAAGAAGGGAAAAGAGAAUGCCACGACCAUUCCCUGUCAUAAAGAUUAAUUAAGACGUCCACGAGGCGGGUUUAUUGUUUUAGAGGUCUCCCUAUAACGUCUAGGUGUGCGUCAAUACAUUAUAGGUUCCCUGAAGUAGUAGAAAUUCGAUUGUCUUGCUUCGUUGAAGUCCUACCACACGUGUUCAUGAAAUUAACGAAUAAUAUAACCUUACCUAUCAAGUGAAGAAUUCAGAAUGCGAAGAAUAGCGAGUGUUUUCAAGCCGUCAUACUUGUGUUUGUUGUAUGAUCUGUUCCUUUUAUCGAUGAAGAUUUCUUUCGCCAUGAUGGCAGCCGCUGUUAAAAUGAUCGUACCUGUUCGUUCAAAGAAUCUGAUAGGAGAAACUGUGGUGGUAAAUUAGAAAAUAGAGUGGAGCCAUUAGUUUGCGUACUCGUCGUGCGCUGAAAUGAUCGCAGUGCAUAGAAGGGGUAGUUCACUUAGGCUCCCCUUUGUCGAAGCCUGCAGGACUUGAAGACAACAGUGUAACAGAAUAAAAAUCUUGGAAAUUGUUAACGUUAAUAUAAUAGCACUGCAAAUAAUAAUAAUAACAACAGAGUGCUACGCGAUAUAUUGGUUAUCUCGAAUUUGUUUGACUGUUAACUUUAUAUUUUCACGUUGAUAUUGAACAGUCCUGCAAGCUAACAAAAUUCAGUCCUAUCUAAAAGCAAUGAGUGAGCAGCCACUGAUGUAUAACACUAUUUUAAUGUAACGAACGACGAGGAGACAGACGAUCCUAGACAUCUUUUCUUCAGAUCACCGGCGCAGGACACGGAAUUGGUCGCGAAUUGGCCAUUCAGUUAGCUUCCUUAGGCUGCAUAGUCGUCUGCUGGGACAUAGACGUCGAGGCGAAUCGUUCGACGAUGAGCGCCGUUUCCAAAAAUGGAGGGGAAGUUUAUGGCUAUGUGGUCGACGUGUCGAACAGACUGGAGGUACGCGAAGCUGUAAGAUUGAUGAGAAAAGUGGGGAUUCCUGACGUCUCCAUCCUGAUUAACAAUGCUGCCGUGUUGUACCAUCACUCAUUCCUGCAUCAGGAUUCAGAUCUCGUCACGAAGACGUUCGAUGUUAAUACUCUGGCUCACUUCUGGACGAUCGAGGCUUUCCUCCCAAGCAUGAUACAAAACGGAAAAGGGCACAUAGUGUGCCUGAGCAGUAUGUGCGGCAUCUACGGGGUGUCGGAAAAAGUCACGUAUUGCUCUUCGAAGUUUGCAGUGAGAGGAUUAAUGGAAGGACUUAAUGAGGAGUUGCGACUGGAUCCUAAAACAGCUGACAUACGAUUGACGACCAUUUAUCCAUUUUACGUAGAUACUGGCUUGGCUAGAGAUCCCAAGUACAGAAUGGUCCCCGACAGCGUGAUGAGAUUAAUUUUGGACUUCCUGGCGGAUGUGGAUCGGAAACGCAGAGAAAAGCUCAUCGCCUGCAAAAAUGUCGCGUCGAAAUAACGUUAUCGGUUGCACAAGUUAAUCAUUCUGUUGUAUUAGUUUCGUUGCUAUGCCUUUUAAGUUCAUGUCACGCGAUUCGAAUGAGGAAUUGAAAGACAAAUAGCGUCAGAGAUGAUGCUCCAUUACGGAAGCUGUGAUUAAAUGAAAUGUUUUCUCCAAGAAUUGGAUGCAUUGACUAAGAAUACAAUCUUAACUUUCUAGAAAUAGUCGUGCAAUUAGAAACGUGGUAAUUAUAGUUAUUAUCUUGGGUACCUUUGUGGGCGAAUUUGGUUUAAUGAAACUUUCGAAGUUUAAUUGCUAUGAGGCUGAGAAGUCACAGUUGAGUGGAAAUAUAUUUUAUUAGUUUGUAUUACCAGUUGCCGUAGGUCAGGUUAUAUUGCAGUCAUAAAAGUGUGAGCAAUUCAACGAUUGAAAAACUGCGAAGAAUUUAGAGGGUGACGUACAAAAAUUGUAAAACGCCCAUUUCCUUGAAGCAGCCAUUGUUUGUCUUUGUUUAGCACCUCUAUUAAACUGCAGUAAAAUUAACUUUCUCAUACGUUGGGAAAAACCAUGUAUCUUCGUUACUGUUGGGUCCUGUCAAACACGUGAACUGAUAAACAGUGCGAGAAGUCAACUUUUUCAGUCUGUCACACGUGUCCAUAAAUUCAUGUGCCUGUGUUAGGUCUUGUAAACAAAAUACAAUUUGGUUAAUAUAAUAUACAUUGUUCCACUUGUUAAUGAGAAAUUCCUAUUCAAAUCUAAGAAAAUUCUAUUCAAUCCUGUUUUUGUGGCUCAAGAAAUCUUCUAUUGUUCCUUUUUGAUGGCUGCUCUCAUCUG